UAAUUUAUAAUUAUAUAUAGACUUGAAAGUUCCAAUUCUAAAAAAAUGUUUUUUUAUAUGGUAAGAAAAGAAUUUUUUAUGUAGUAAAGAAUGUUAAAAGAAUCAUUAGCUUGAUUAAUCCAUACAAUGAAAUAUUCGAUAUUAUCUUUCUUUUCCGUAAGAGAUAUAUACAUGUAACUAUUUUCUUUUCAUUUAACGCAAGGAAAAGAGAAAAGAAUAUCUAAAACAUUCGUAAGAUCAAACCAAAUUGAAUCAAAUUUUCUCGGAUCUACAUUACAAUUUAAAAAUCAAAAGUGAUAUAGAAAAGUUGUAUAAACCGACAUACGCGACACGUAAAGCCAUAAACGGAAUUCUGAAAUCCAGCGCGGGACAUAGAGAGGUCCGAAGUGAAGCCUAGACGUACGUCAUGUAGUACGAAAUUAUGAAUGGUUCACGUCAUGAUGGAAGGAUCGUCGGUGAUGCGAGGUCGCCGAACGCGAGUAUUUACACGCAUCGGCAGAUGUUCGGUCGCGGCCCGCCACCCUCGGGGGUCCCCGCGAAGGGAAAGCCGCAUACCCCCGCGACAAGUGCAGCGGCGGCGACUGUUGCGGCCGCGUGUAUGUAAUACCACGAAAGAACACAGAGGAGGGAAGAGGGAAGGUUCGGUCGCGCGAUGCAGCCACGCGAGUGGGCGGCGCGAUGCUCCUUUCCUCCCUUUCCGAGAAGAGGAGCCGAGGGCCCGAAGGGCCGCGCUUUUCAUUAGAGGAGAAGGAAGAUGAUGAUGGAGAAGAAGGAGAUGGAGGGUGGGAGAUCCCUUGAUCCUCUCUCGACUCUUCGAGAGUGAUUCCUGCCUCCGACGGAGGAGAGUAGCUCAUCUCGCAGCUGAUAGUCUUCGACGGUACGCGUUAACGGGUGGUGCGAAAGCGCCACCGGCCCCGCGCCGUCGAUCUGCCGCUUUAUCGCGAGAAGAAAACCGACGCUUCUUCUCCAUCUCGCCUUCGCCCCCUCGUCACCCGCGAUCGUUAUCGCGCGCGUGCCACUCGCGGGGAAGGUAGGCAGGCCGAAGAGCGGGAGGAAGAGAGGGCUCACGAGCGGAAAAGACCGGCGUGAUAAGCGACCAGCCGAUCAUCGUGUACAUGUUGAUACGUUGAUAUCGAAGUAAGCCGUUUCUCUGACGUUAUUUUCCAAUUUCGCGUUAUCUUCGACUCCCGGAGGAAAGUGAGGCACAAUCGACGAUAGUUCGCGGGGGGGUGGCCUAUAAGCGCGCUGUUCGCCAAAAUCCUCGAAAGUGGUCUCGGAUACGUUUCUCAAUAAGGGGGGAGAGAGAAGCUAAAGAUUUCGUCGUUGUACUCCUCACGCGAUCGCGCCUCAUUUCCCUCCGGAUUAUUGAGAGUUAAUCUUUUGGAGGAUCGACAGCGAAAUCAUUUCCGUGACUCGGUCAUGAUCGCGAGAGGUGCUUUUUACGUCGAUAGACCGCGAUCGCGAUCCUAGAAAGCUGCGACAUAACGAUUACCAAACCCGUCAGGCUGCCGGCGACGGCGGCGACGACGACGACGUGCACGGAUCGACGAGGACGACGAGGAGGACGAGGAGGACAACGACGGUGGAGGCAGAAGAGGAGGAGGAGGAAAAAAAACGGAGGAGAUGCAUCUCGAGAAUUAUCGCGGCGACAGGAGCGAGGAGGACGACGUGCGACGUCCCCCGUCCGUUCUGGAGCGAGACGACUUCUUCGUGGACGACGGGGACUCCCUACCCGACCUGAUGUCCAUCACGAUGAGCGGCAUGGACGUUGACGUCGCCUAUCAGCCGUACUGCUGGUCGCAAACGACGGAUGACAACAGUGCGCUCUUCUCCCCGCUGGAGACCGGCCCGGACUCGCGGGACUACCUCGAUUGGGACCAGGUGCCCGUGGUCUUUCAGUGUCUUUCCAACGGCGAUGGAUCACCGGAUAGCAUCUGCAGCGACGCGAUCACGCCGACUUGGAACAACGCGGUGACAGCGACGACAACGACGACGACGACGACGGCGACGACGACGACGGAUCGUGGCGAGAUGAAGUCGGACUCCCGCAAGUUGCCCUCGAUGGGCUCGGCCUUCUCCUUCUCGCGCAGCUUCGGUAACGCGGUCUAUCCGGAAUACGGAGCGGAGUCGCGGAGCGACUACCAGGACUAUCCGGAUUGCCAGGAGGACGACGUGGUGUCGUUGCUGAUGAGCAUCCAGAACGAUGCUCAGAGCUACUGCGGCCCCUCGGUCGCCGAUGAGUUCGAUCUCAGUCUAAUUAGGGGCGACCCGACGUCGCUGCUGAGCGCCGUGGACCCGCCGUCGUCAUCAGCGACCUGCCUCGCAGGCGACGAUCAGCAAGAACCGUUCCAGAGCUUCAAUCCGCCGUACUACGCGGUCGGGCAUCUCGUCUCUUCCCAGCAGCAGCAGCAGCUGUCGACGGUCAAUCUCGCCGGUGAGCUCAACGACGCGACGGACAGUUUCGGUAAUCAGGUGAUACUACCACGGAACGAGGGUCUACUACUCGGGAAUAAUCGACGUGUCGCCGGGUCGAAGGUCGCCGACAACGAGAGGAACGACAAGACCUACGAUUGCGCGAAAUCUACGGCGAUGGACGAGGGGUUCGCGCCGGCGGCUUAUCAGUGCCGCUGGAUCGACUGCGGCUGUGCGUUCGCGGAGCAGGAGGGCCUGGUGCGGCACAUCGAGAGGCGGCACGUGGAGUCGUCGUCGGCGAGCGCGCACGGCCACGGCAGGCGAAUUCAAAGGGACAGGCAGGAGCGCGAGGGCAAGGAUGCGGCGGGCGACAGCCUCCCCGGCGGCGGUGGCGCGGUCACGACGACGGCGACCGGCCGCGAGGACGAGUUUGCCUGUCUGUGGCAGGGAUGUCCGCGCGCGCGGCCAUUCAACGCGAGAUACAAGCUGCUGAUCCACAUGCGUGUCCACACGCAGGAAAAGCCGAAUAAAUGUCCGUUUGCCGGCUGCAAGAAAGCCUUCAGUCGUUUGGAAAAUUUGAAGAUACACCAGAGAUCACAUACAGGUGAAAGACCUUAUGCAUGUCAGCAUAAUGGAUGCUCAAAGGCAUUUAGCAAUAGCAGCGAUCGAGCCAAACAUCAGCGAACACACUAUGAUAGAAAACCGUACGCUUGCCAGGUAAGCGGUUGCGGUAAACGUUAUACGGAUCCGUCGAGUCUCAGAAAGCAUCUGAAGAACCAUACGGAAAACUCGAGUACGCUGUCCAGUCUGUUGUCGUCGGAUAAAGCAUCAACGACUAACGUGACAACUAGUGCGAUAGGACAAAAGUUAAACUCGACGAUUCCUCAUCGAGGAGGCGUGCACCCGGACACGUGUAUCUUCGACGUGGAGACGAAUCAUUCGUCGUACAAAUUACCUAAAGCUUAUAUCAAAGAGGAGAACACGUUGCUGAAUAAUACAUGCCAGCUGGAUAGAAUCUCCCUGAAUUUCGACGGCAAUCAGCAGGAAUACGUGCCGAUCGAAUCGGUAUGUCACCUUUUGAUCAACAACGUCACGAACGCGCAAAACGAGAAUACAGUUGCAGGAUACUGCAACGUGCCCGUAGACGACGACGUGCCGGACUUCGACGAGCUCGGCGCCGACAUCGAGCGACAGUUCCACGAGUUGAACGACGCUAUCUUCAUCGACGGAUGAACCAACCUCGUCAAGGAGGGUGCCUGCCUUCCCCGACGAAGCGGGCUGCGACGUGAUCUCACUGUGUUUCGUUUCUCUCUCUCUUUUUUACUACACCUCUUUUAUACUCAUUAGUAUACGUACUUGUACUUGAUAAAUCAUAUAUAUGUAUUUUUGUACAUAGGUACUUAUGUAUAUUAUAGGCAAAAAUAAAACACAUCAUUUAUUUCGA